AUGACUUGUGAAUUGGCGUGCAAGAACGUGGUCAAAACCAGGUGUGCUUCCCAGCUCUCCAUUUCCAUCUGUGCCUGUUGGAAGAGACGAUCAGAAGUGUGUGUGUUGGUUCUGUACUGUGACAGACCACAAGAAUCACAACGUUAUUCCAUUAGAGGAGGAGAGUGGAGAGAGGAAGUCUCCACAGAACUCAAGAGGAUUCAGCAGUAUGCAGUGGAUGUGACUCUGGAUCCUGAUACAGCUCAUCUCUAUCUCAUCCUGUCUGAUGAUGGAAAACAAGUGACGUGUGGAGACACAAAGCAGAAUCUCCCAGACACCCUGAAAAGAUUCACUUAUCAUCCAAUUGUCCUGCGAAAUCAGGGUUUCUCCUCAGGGAGGUUUUACUAUGAGGUGCAGGUCAGCAGGAAGACCAUGUGGAGUUUAGGAGUGGUCAGAGAGUCUGUUAACAGGAAGGGGAAAAUUGAGACAUUUAAACCUCAGGAUGGAUUCUGGACUGUGAUUCUGAGGAAGGGGAAUGAGUAUACUGCUCGUGAUGAUCCCUGUAUCUCCCUCUCCCUGAGAGAGAAACCCCAGAAGGUGGGCGUGUUUGUGGAUUAUGAUGAGGGUCUGGUCUCCUUUUAUGACGUUGAGGCCAGGUCUCAUAUCUACUCUUUCACUGGUCAGUCUUUCACUGAGAAACGCUAUCCAUACUUCAGUCCUUGUUUGAAUGAUGGAGGUAAAAACGCAGCACCACUGAUCAUCUCUCGUGUAUCAAAGACUGAAUAAGUUCUCACCUCAUCUAUUCAGUAAUGUAUGAAUUGGCCAGAAUGGAAGACACUGCAUCUCUUUUUUCGAUUUGUAAGUAAAGUUGUGUAAAUGUUUUUCGUGUGCUUUUCAUGUGCUUUUUUUGUUUUUUAUUUUUAAUAAAUUUGCAAAGAUUUCAAACAAACUUCUUUUGUGUUUUCUUCUGUUUGUGCUUUUUCCUCAUUGCAUAUGUAUUUGUGUUGUUAUUUUCUAGUACAAAUUGUAUAUUAGAGUAAUAAAUCAGCUAAUCAGAUUGAUCAAAGCUGGUGACGUUUGACUUUAUGACUUUAUGCAUUUUUUGCAACACCCAUAAAAAGCUCUUCUAGGUGUCAUCACCUUUUUAUCACCUUUAACACAAAAUCAUUUUGUUAGACACCCUUUGACAUUACAUUUUAUAUUUUAGGCCUUCCAGUGGGCCUAAAUGUUUCAUACAUCAUACACUAUGUGUUUGUACAUAUAAGACUAAAUGGUUUUGCAUUUUAAAAGAGGAUCCACCAUCCAUUGUUGAGUGAAAGUAAAUAUUACAUACAUCAUACACUAUGUGUUUGUACAUAUAAGACUAAAUGGUUUUGCAUUUUAAAACAGGAUCCACCAUCUAUUGUUGAGUGAAAGUAAAACCAGACCAGUCAGAGAGCUCAGAUCCACCAGGACAACUUCUGUUUAUUAUAAUAGCUGAAAGUAUUCUGUGUAUAUAGUGGAACUGAGAAGUGUAUAAACCUGAGCAGUUUUGAGAUAGAGAAAAGUUAAGGUAUGUAUUUCAUUUAAUUUUGUUUCAUAGUUCAGAAGUUCACAGUGAACUGAGUAAACAGUAUCAGAUGAAGAUGUAGUCCUGUA